GCGGACGAAGAGCUGUUGAAUGUGUUGUGAGACUUGUGUAUGUGGUUCAUAUUCUUGUUUUUAUGGUUUAAAGUUAACCCAGAUGCGUCCUCACGCUCGUCGUAUAACAUGGGAAACUGUUCAUGCUGUCGGAGGAGCAAUAAAGUUGGGCCUUCAAGCGAGAGUCACAAGAAAAUUGUUUUAAUUCUUGUUGGACUUGACAAUGCAGGGAAAACUACAGUUGUCAAAAGACUGACAGGAGAACCAGUGAAAACGGUCUUACCUACAGUUGGAUUCUCCUCUGCUUCUCUGAAGUACAAAGGCUAUAAUGUCAAAAUUUACGAUUUGGGAGGAGGUCGGCAAAUAAGAGGGAUAUGGCCAAAAUAUUUCAUGGAUGCUCAUGGAGUGAUAUUUGUUGUUGAUGCAAGUGAUAUUGCAAGACUUGAAGAAUGUAAAUUAGCAUUUGAAGGUCUCCUUUCCCAUGAAAAGUUGACGGGGAAACCUGUUUUACUCUUAGCUAAUAAACAAGACUGUAUUGGUGCUCUGGAUGAACUGGAUAUUGUUGAGCGGCUAAAUGUGGAAAGUGUUGUAAAUGACCAACGUUGCCCCACACUUGUGGAAACCUGUUCAGCAGCUAUGGAAAGGAGUUCUAAACAGAAAACAGACCCAGCCAUACAGAGUGGUUACAGAUGGCUUAUGAACUGUAUAAUAAGUAACUAUCAAAACCUAAAUGCUCGUGUUGAGAGAGAUGUCACAGAGCAAAAAAUGCUAGAUGAUGAAGCAAAGAAAGAAAGGCUGGAAAGAGUACAGAAACUAAGACAAGAAAGAGGAGAAAUAGCAAAUGAGAAUGGAGGACUUGAUGUAAAUCAUCAGGAGCAUCAGUCCAGUGAUGGUGAUGUGGCCACAGAAAAUCCAUUCCGUCCAAUCUCUCAAGUUGUGGCCAUCGAUGCAGAGGAUGCAGCAAAGAAAGAUACUCUAGAGUUGGUUCAUGACACAGGAUAUCCUAAUGUGCUGUCUGAGACUGGCAACUCAAAAAGAUUUGUAAAACGAGUUAGCAAUGGUAGCAUUAGUUUUGCAGAAGAUAACUCACUGUUUAGCAAAAUACGCACUUCUUUAGAUACCACAGUCCACAAGGCAGUUAAAGCAACAGCCUCGGCUUCGGAAACUGUUGGAGAUCAGCAAAACAGUGAGAGACGUGGGAGUGCAAAGGCAUCUCCCAGCACAACUCUGGGUCCAGUGACUGCUUCAGGUGGAGAUAAAAUAGUCCAGUUACCACCGCUCCGUUUGCCUGGCCGGCACGCAACAGAGCCAUGGGCAAAGCCACCUAUGCUGCGUCCUCCUAGCAGAGAUUCUGCAUGGGAUCUGGAUAAAUCCUUGGAAGUUGUCCCAGCACCAGAAGGAACUGCUGCUCAGAAGGAAGAAAAGAGUUAGCUGAAGAAACAUGAAUGAAGUAUAUCAUUCAAAAAGAAAAAUAUGGCCUAGCCAUGAGUUGAGAGACACAUGUUCAUACUUAUUUUUACACAUAUUUAUAAGCAGUGACUCUAGUCAUAAUAUUUAGGAGUUUUUGGAGUGAAGUUCUUUUAAAAAAUGUUUACUCUCGUGAAAAUUUUAACAAACAUUUGCAUCUAUUUUUGUACUGCACAAAAGUUUCUGUAAGCAAGUAAGGGAAGUUUAAUACUCAUAAUAUUUUCAGAACAUUGGACACUGUUGUUGUAAAUUUCACAGGCCUUACAGGUUACAAGGUUGAACAAAGCUCUAAAUAAUAUUUGCUUUCAUGGUUUUUAAGUUGGAUCGUGUUUCAAAAAAGGCAUGAAGAUUCACCCGUGAAUUUCAUUUCCUACCAUGUAAUGUAGUAAAAACUAACUUCAGAUUUUCAUGCACUCCAAGGGAUAAGACAUAUAACUGAUUCUUUAUGUGAAACAUGUUCACAAUUCUUAACUGAAUGUCUUUUGUAAGAUGUUUAAUGCAUUUCAUUGUAAUUUGAAAAAUUUGUUACAGUUUUUGGAGAACAUUUGUUACCCAUGUUCAGUAUAGUGUUAAAAAAUGGUUUCUGUCCAUUGAAACAGGUUAUUAAAACAAGUUAUUAUUUUACAUUUGAAAAGCGUUGGUGGGCAAAAAAACUCAAUACAUGAAGUAAACACUGAAUCUGAAAUGUAUGGAACAGGUGGAAAAUGAAGGAAGAAAGUUUCUUUAUUGCAUUUUGGGGAAGGAUAAUAAGUUACAUAGUUAACUAGUGAGAGAUACCAAUGGAAGGGAGACAGAAUUAAAAGAGCAAUGUAUAAUUAGACACCAAAAAUCUGUUACUAAAAGUUUCUUGUAACUGUAAUGUAAGACACCUGUCCAGUCAAUAGACUUCAUAUUUACUACAAUCUGCUGCUGUGCCUGUGUGUCCAACUAUUUUGCCUGUACAGAAACCUAUCAUCAUACUUGGUGUAACCAUGUAUUUUCUUGUCAUUUUUUUCUUUUCAUUUCAUGUACCUGUUGUGUCAUUGGCAGUUCACAGAUCUGAUAAUGACCUUCAUGCAUCAUGUUACUUACUCGUUAUUUAUAACUAACUAAGUCUGCAACUGGUGUUAGGUGAUCACAACAUACAUUCCAAAAAAGUUGUCAAGGCUUCUCACAUCAAACAGUUCCAAAUGUUACCACCAUUAAAAUUAGAGAAUUCUCAAGCACAUUACAUGUGUAUUUGGCAAAGAUAUCUAUACAUUCCUUGUGAAUAAACAGUGGAAAGAAACUAUUUAUUGCGCCAUCUUCUCAGAUUAACAACAAUAUAUCAAAUGCAAUGUAAUUUCCUUUAUGUAUGGUGGUUUAAUCCCAGGGGUUUACUGGAUCAUAAUCUUUUAUAACUGGACCAUUUUGUUGCCCCUGCCUCUUUACAUUAAUUGGUACACCACACUGGUUGCGUAGUACCAUCACCUUUCUUAAAUCUAGAAAUAAAAAUUCUUCAUCCUUGGGAGUCUUUCCUGUUAACAAUUCAGGAGAUUGAUUCUUUAUAACAUUUUGCACCAUUUAAGUUAUUAACUGGAGUACAGUGUUGAAUUUGGUCAUUCACCUCUUUAUUGUUGUUAUAUAAGAUUUCAUGUGUACCAUGCCAAUUUUAUGUUUACAUCAUCUGAAACUAUGCCUUUCAACAAUUCAUACACACCCCCUCACCC